GUAAGUAAUCUGUGGCCAGUUGUCAACUGUGCGCGUGGUGUGUGACCGGUAAUUUUGUUAUUUAUUUUAUUAGAUAUCAAUUUAUAUUGACAAAAUGAAGGACGACAAGAAAGUAGACCUCCAAGCCCUCAAGGACAUGGCCAAUAAACUGAGAAUCGACAGUAUUGUGGCCACCAAUGCGUCGAAAUCCGGUCACCCGACGUCAUGCGCGUCGAUGGCGGAGAUAAUGUCGGUGCUGUUCUUCCACACCAUGCGCUACAAGAUCUCCGCGCCCCGCGACCCCUCCGCCGACCGCUUCAUACUAUCCAAGGGUCACGCAGCCCCCAUCCUAUAUGCGGCGUGGGCUGAAGCCGGGUUGUUUCCGGUGGACGAGCUGAACAAGCUACGUCGGGUUGACUCCGACCUGGAGGGCCACCCCACGCCGCGUCUGUCCUUUGUGGACGUGGGUACGGGCUCGCUCGGCCAGGGGCUCGCCGUGGCUGCGGGUAUGGCGUAUGUUGGGAAAUACUUCGACCAGGCGCCCUACAGGGUGUUCUGCCUAAUCGGCGACGGGGAGGCGGCCGAGGGCAGCGUGUGGGAGUCGCUGCACUUCGCCGGCCACUACCGCCUCGACAACCUCGUCGUCAUCCUGGACGUCAACCGCCUCGGCCAGUCCGAGCCCACCUCGCUGCAGCACCAGAUGGACGUGUACGCAGCUCGUCUGGAAUCCUUCGGUCUGAACACCAUAGUCGUGGACGGCCACGACGUCUCCGAGCUGGUGAAGGCCCUGGACACGGCAGCCGCCACCACCGGCAGACCAACCGCCAUCGUCGCCAAGACGUACAAGGGCCGGGGAUUCCCCAACAUCGAGGAUAAAGACAACUGGCACGGCAAAGCCCUGGGCGCUGAAGGCGAUAAGAUCAUUAAGCAUCUCCAAUCCCAGAUCAAGAACCCGUCCAUCAAGUUUACCCCGCGGCCCCCGCUGGCGGAGGCGCCGGCCGUCCACAUCCAGGACAUAACCAUGUCAGCCCCUCCGGCGUACAAGGCGGGUGACGCCGUCGCCACGCGCCUCGCGUACGGCACCGCGCUCAAGAAGAUCGCUGAUUCUAACCAGAGAGUAAUCGCUUUGGACGGUGACACCAAGAACUCUACCUUCAGUGACAAGUUGCGCAACGCCUACCCUGAAAGGUACGUGGAGUGUUUCAUCGCGGAGCAGAACCUGGUGGGCGUGGCCACAGGCAUGGCGUGCCGCCAGCGCUGCGUCGUCUUCGCGUCCACAUUCGCCGCGUUCUUCACGCGGACAUUCGACCAGAUCCGCAUGGGCGCGAUCAGUCAGUCUGACAUGAACCUGGUAGGGUCGCACUGUGGAGUCAGCAUCGGUGAAGACGGCCCCUCGCAGAUGGGGCUCGAAGACCUCGCUCUGUUCCGCGCCGUGCCCACCGCCACGGUCUUCUACCCGUCCGACGCGGUGUCGUGCGAGCGCGCGGUGGAGCUGGCGGCGAACACGCGCGGCAUCUGUUACAUCCGCACCUCGCGACCCAACACCGCCAUACUCUACCCCAACGACGCCCAGUUCAAGGUGGGUGAGGCGAAGUUGGUGCGGUCGUCCAACAACGACGGCGUGCUGCUUAUCGGCGCCGGCGUCACGCUGCACGAGGCUCUCGCCGCAGCUGACCAACUCGCCGCUAAAGGUGUACACGCGCGAGUGCUGGACCCGUUCACGAUCAAGCCGCUGGACGAAGCCGCGGUGAAGGAGCACGCGCGCGCCGCCGGCGGCAGAGUUGUUGUCGUGGAGGACCACUACCAGGCCGGUGGUCUCGGCGAAGCAGUUCUCUCGUCCUUGGCCCUAGAGAAGAACGUGUUGGUGAAGCAUCUGUGCGUGCGCGAGGUGCCGCGCUCCGGCCCGCCCGCCGUGCUGCUCGACCGCUACGGCAUCUCCGCGCCGCAUAUCGUGGCGGCUGCACAGGAGGUGCUAAAGCUGUAAAGCUGUUAGCUGUAUAACUGUUAGCUAUACAGCUGUCAGCCGUAUAGCUGUGGUUCCGCGCGCGAGCUCCGAGGAGUAUAGAUCGGAGUUGGUAUAGUUAAGGAAUUAUUGACCUCAAACAUUGAAGUAAUGAAAUUUCCUGGGAUUCGGGGAGUAAUGAAUACUAAUAAUGAAGUAAUAUUAUUCUAUGAUCUAUGAUAUAGCUAAUACACAGCUCCAUCCACUCCGAUCACUGCUUAUGAGCUAGCAGUGGUCUUUGUAUGUUGUUGUUUUUUUUUUAAAGAUCUAUUCCUUGGAGCUCGCGCGAGAAGUUAAUUAAGGAAAAAAUCCCAUAAACUAUAGUCUCCUCGCG